ACUUUUAUUGUAACCAUGUGCAAGGUGUUGGAGGUUAUAGCAUGGACACUAAAAUCUUACUUCCUGCUUGACAUAACUCUCAAGAAGUACACAAUGUCAGAACGUGGAAUUAAGUGGGCCUGCGAAUAUUGUACUUAUGAAAACUGGCCAUCUGCAAUCAAAUGUACUAUGUGUCGUGCCCAGAGACCUAGUGGAACAAUUAUUACAGAAGACCCAUUUAAAAGUGGUUCAAGUGAUGUUGGUAGAGAUUGGGAUCCUUCCAGCACUGAAGGUGGAAGUAGUCCUUUGAUAUGCCCAGACUCCAGUGCAAGACCCAGGGUUAAGUCUACAUACAGCAUGGAAAAUGCAAAUAAAUGGUCAUGCCACAUGUGCACAUAUUUGAACUGGCCAAGAGCAAUCAGAUGUACCCAGUGCUUAUCUCAGCGUAGGACCAGGAGUCCCACAGAAUCUCCUCAAUCCUCAGGAUCUGGCUCAAGACCAGUCGCGUUUUCUGUUGAUCCCUGUGAGGAGUACAAUGAUAGAAAUAAACUGAAUACAAGGACCCAGCAUUGGACUUGUUCUAUUUGCACAUAUGAAAACUGGGCCAAGGCUAAAAAAUGUGUUGUUUGUGAUCAUCCCAGACCCAACAAUAUUGAAGCAAUAGAGUUGGCAGAGACUGAAGAGGCUUCUUCAAUAAUAAAUGAACAAGACAGAGGUCGAUGGAGGGGAAGCAGCAGUAGUGGUAAUAGCCAGAGAAGAUCACCUCCUACUACAAAACGAGACUCUGAAAUGAAAAUGGAUUUUCAGAGGAUUGAAUUGGCUGGUGCUGUUGGUACCAAGGAGGAACUUGAAGUGGACUUUAAAAAAUUAAAGCAAAUAAAAAAUAGGAUGAAAAAGACUGAUUGGCUAUUCCUCAAUGCUUGUGUGGGAGUUGUCGAAGGUGACUUAGCAGCCAUAGAAGCGUACAAGUCGUCAGGAGGAGACAUUGCUCGUCAGCUCACUGCCGACGAAGUGCGCCUGCUGAGCCGUCCUUCUGCCUUUGAUGUUGGCUACACUCUCGUGCACUUGGCGAUUCGUUUUCAGCGGCAGGAUAUGUUAGCAAUAUUGCUUACGGAGGUGUCUCAGCAAGCAGCAAAAUGUAUCCCAGCAAUGGUGUGUCCUGAGCUAACAGAGCAGAUCCGGAGAGAAAUAGCUGCAUCCCUUCAUCAGAGAAAGGGGGAUUUUGCUUGCUAUUUUCUAACUGACCUUGUAACAUUUACAUUGCCAGCAGAUAUUGAAGACUUGCCUCCAACAGUCCAGGAAAAGCUAUUUGAUGAAGUCCUGGACAGAGAUGUUCAAAAAGAGUUAGAAGAAGAAUCUCCAAUUAUCAACUGGUCCUUGGAGUUGGCUACGCGUCUAGACAGUCGACUGUAUGCACUUUGGAAUCGGACUGCAGGAGAUUGUUUACUUGACUCAGUACUACAGGCUACCUGGGGCAUUUAUGACAAAGACUCGGUGCUGCGAAAAGCCCUGCAUGACAGCCUGCAUGACUGUUCACAUUGGUUUUACACGCGCUGGAAAGAUUGGGAAUCCUGGUAUUCUCAGAGCUUUGGUUUACACUUUUCACUGCGAGAAGAGCAAUGGCAAGAAGACUGGGCCUUUAUACUCUCUCUUGCUAGCCAGCCUGGAGCAAGUUUGGAACAGACACACAUUUUUGUACUUGCACAUAUUCUUAGACGACCAAUUAUAGUUUAUGGAGUAAAAUAUUACAAGAGUUUCCGAGGAGAGACUUUAGGAUAUACUCGGUUUCAAGGAGUUUAUUUGCCUUUGUUGUGGGAACAGAGUUUUUGUUGGAAAAGUCCGAUUGCUCUGGGCUAUACAAGGGGCCACUUCUCUGCCUUGGUUGCCAUGGAGAAUGACGGUUAUGGCAACCGAGGUGCUGGUGCUAACCUGAACACUGAUGAUGAUGUCACCAUCACAUUUUUGCCUUUGGUUGACAGUGAAAGGAAGCUACUCCAUGUGCAUUUUCUUUCUGCUCAGGAGCUAGGUAAUGAGGAACAGCAGGAGAAACUGCUCCGGGAGUGGCUGGACUGCUGCGUGACUGAAGGGGGAGUUCUGGUGGCCAUGCAGAAAAGCUCACGGCGGAGAAAUCACCCCUUGGUCACACAGAUGGUAGAAAAAUGGCUUGACCGCUACCGACAGAUCCGGCCUUGUACAUCCCUGUCUGAUGGAGAGGAAGAUGAAGAUGAUGAAGAUGAAUGAAAGAAAAGCCAAACCACCUAGGGGCAAAAGCAUCAGAUCUGUAACGGCCUGAAGUUAGCAUGGUGCUGCUCCAAGCAGAAUGGAGAGCUUGGAGUACACCACACAUGGUGGGGUCUGCUCCACAGCACCUUUCUGACCCACAUCCUGUGGAGAUAACAAGGAGUCUGCUGCAUGGAGACAGAGAAUUUUGAUUGAACUUGUUUGUAAAAGAAAAAAACAAAACAGAACACCUAAUUUUAUUGACAGAACUUUUUUCCUUUCAAAUUGUAAAUCUGUCUAUAAAUGUUAAUGCAUGUGGUUGUGUAAGAAAUUGUGUACUAGGAAAAGCUGUACCAGCAUCUUCACAUUACUGAGACUUUUUUCCCCCCUAGCAUGGGCAGUUAAAACACACACACACACACACACACACACACACACACACACACACACACACGGCAGACAACUCUUGUUCCUUUGAGAUGAUCUCAUCAGAACCUGGCAUAGUACUUUCAUCUUCAAAGAUCCACUUUUACAUUGUCUCAGCUUUGAAAACUGUAGAGAUUACCCACAACAAAACAAACAAGCUUUUUACUUUCAGUCAUUUAGUUCCCCUGUGCCCAGUAAAAUGAAAUCCAGUCUUUUAGGAACAAACUAUAGCAAAAACUAGCAGUUUCUUUUGAGUGACCAUCACAGACAUUUGUCUACUUGUUUUGAGGAGGGUUUUGCUUUCCAUUGUCUGUUUUCUGAUCUGCUCCCUUUUAUUUAGAUAUUUAUUUGUUUGGAAGAGUGCCCUAUAAAGAGGGCUUUUACUUGACUCUGGGCAGUGCAGUGGUCUGUUUAUGCAUAAUUAUUCCUCUGAUGGAAAGACGGGAGUGACGUUUGUCUGUCAUUGAAUGGGUUGUGUGAGGCGUGCUCUGGGCUCCAUCAACAUGUUUUGCUCCCAGAUUGCCAUGGCAGAGGGUCUUGGGAUUCUUCCUGUCUUUUAUUGUCAUCUCUGCUCUAAGCAAAUGCUAUAUAAAGGGCAUGCCUUUGCUUAGGUGAUGGAGAAUACCAGUUCAGUACAGUACAGAAUAAAGAUUUUUAAACUGCAAUAAAGUGGUCAAUGCAUUAUAUGAUGAAUUUCUCUGUGUAGUCUGAGAAUCUCUGCAUGUUAGUUGUAGCCAUUGUUAAAACUAUAAUCUUAGGCAGAAAAUGUUUUUAUUGAAAGAGUUAAUUUGGCCACUUCAGGUCUACAUUUGGUACUGGGUGAUAAUUACUGACCUAUCUCAGGAACACAAGACCUAGUGUCCUGACAAGCACUUUGGAACAAGGCAUUUCCCAAGUAGCUAAUACAGUUUUCCUUCUCUCAUGUAAAGGCUGUGAAAACAUUAAACCUCUGCUGCUUAUCUUCUAAUGAAAUGUCAUUGAAUUGUACAAAACUGCAAAUUGGCUGGAAUACUAAAAACAGAAAAAUGUCCAUGAGCUGUCGUGUCUUUAGUUCUUCUUCCUCCUGGGAACACUGGCAAGUGUCCCCAGGAUGAAAGUAUCAUUUGCACUGCAUGCUAAAAAUGAUGCAGAGGCUCCUUUUGCAGUAGGAUCCCAUAUAAAUGAAUGGUGGUAUAACAGUGGUUGACUCUAUAGUUUGAUUUCAUUUCGGUCAAAGUUUGUUUUACUUAGCAUACAUGACAUCUGUUUUGACACUCUCUGUGUAUGGGCAACCUUUCAGUGGGCAGAUGCCCUGUUAAGCAAAAUCUGGCCUCCCAAGGGAAGCAGCCAAAGAAGUGUGAGAGGGAGGAGGUGGUCUCGGGCCUGCACUGCACUCAAGACUGCGCAGCCAUGGGCCUGGCGCUGCGUGCUUUGUUCAGUGUUGGGGUCUGGUGCAUUUCCCUUCUCCUCAGUUUCCCCUUAAUUUAUUUGCUCAUUUAUGCCCAGUGACCCUGACCACAUACAAUCUGACGGGUAUAACAUUCUUCCCUGUGGGAAAGAAUUAUCGAUGGGUUCAUUUCCUAGCCUCCAAGGAAAUGGGGCUUAGCGUGGUUUCUACAGCAGACUGACUGGCUGUAAAGAGCCACAAUUUCUGGUAAAUGCUAUGUUACGCUCUUGAACUAUCAAACAGCCAUAAUUAUUGUCCAAGGAGCGCAUGCUUUCCUUGUUGAAGAUUAUACUUAGCUAGGUGACAGACAUCAAUGUCCUCAGAUUGACUCUGGACAGUAAUCCUUGAACUGUGUGGAGCCAGCAUUGUGUUCUGUUCUGACCUGUUGUUCUUUGGAGUUAAUUUAUAUAAUUUCUAAAAGGACUGUUUGAGCAACCAAGAACUUAUUAAAAGAAACCCAGACACACCAUGUA